AUGAUUAACUUUUUGGAAGUUCUCUCAACCGUGAACGUCCUUGUGCCCUUGCUGCUGCUUUCUGAUUUCCUAUCCUAUUUCCUUCCCGAAGGUUUGGAGGUCUUUAUCCUUGCGAUCCUCGCUACACGCAUGCACCUCCAUCUCUGGCAUAUGGAUCAGCACGUGGACGGCUCUGACAUUGUUGUGUGGGUAUCCAUGUCGCACACAUCACCUGCGGACCGUACGGUGUAA